AUGGCGACGGUGUCUCCUCUGGCUAAAUACAAGCUGGUCUUCCUGGGCGAUCAGUCCGUCGGAAAAACCAGCAUCAUCACCCGCUUCAUGUACGACAAAUUUGAUACCACCUAUCAGGCUACGAUUGGGAUUGAUUUUCUGUCGAAAACGAUGUACCUUGAAGAUCGGACAGUUCGUUUGCAGCUUUGGGAUACUGCAGGGCAAGAAAGAUUUAGGAGUCUCAUUCCAAGCUACAUCAGGGAUUCCUCUGUUGCAGUGAUUGUUUAUGAUGUAGCUAAUAGACAGUCAUUUCUGAACACUAAUAAGUGGAUAGAGGAAGUACGAACAGAACGAGGAACUGAUGUCAUUAUCGUGCUUGUGGGGAACAAAACUGAUCUCGUUGAUAAAAGACAAGUCUCUAUAGAGGAAGGGGAUUCCAAAUCUCGUGAGUUUGGAGUCAUGUUCAUUGAAACUAGUGCAAAAGCAGGAUUUAAUAUCAAGCCUUUAUUCCGCAAGAUUGCUGCUGCAUUACCAGGGAUGGAAUCCCUUUCUUCAACAAAACAGGAAGACAUGGUCGAUGUAAACCUGAAGCCGACGAUUAAUUCAUCCCACACAGAGCAGCAAGGAGGGUGUGCAUGCUAG